CUUUCUUUAAUAAAAUAAAUUAUAUAUAACUUUUUAUAAUGUUUCAUUUCUUACUCCCCCUCCUCUCCCCCAUCAUCACUGUUAGAGUAGGCUUUACUUCCCCCUCUUCUAAAAAAAAUUCCACUGCAUAGUUCUAUAAACAUUAAUUCCCCCUCCCCUUUCUCCCACCACCACAUCAUUACUUUUAGAAUUGUCGCGUAUACUCGAUUAAUUUCAUAUGAUCAGUCUUGUCGCGGUCGCUUGUACUAACAGUCAACUUCUCAGAGCCUAAAGGGUGAAAAUGUUCUCCUUUGAAGGAUGCAACAGCAGCAGCAGCAGCAGCAGCAGCAACGGUGCAAAACGCGUGAAUGCCGUGAAUUAUUACGUGCCGAUUCAUGACGUUGAAACUCAAGCGUAUAAUGCCAGAUGUAAUAACAUUUCGUUGGAGCGUCGCGCGGUUCGUAUACUCAGCAGACGAUACGCGUUGACAGCUACGGGAUACAAAUUUCUCGAAAUUGGUAUCAACGUAGGUCCACCGAGCUACGUGAAGAUCGCCGUUGGAGAUCAUCGAGGAAAGAAACUGCUGUUAUCUCUCGAAACGUGGAAGGCACUCUAUGAGCAACGGCGAAAUAUUCGGAAUUUCUUUCGCAAUGACUACAAAGAUGUCCAUAGUUUUAUAAACGUUGGACCGCUAACGGUGAGAGUUUGUACGUCGGUUAAUAACGUCAAACUCAUACGUCUAGAAUCUGUAAACGUACGCUUGAUGGUGACCGAAUCGACGUUGCAUCGUAUGUUUGAUUUCGAUCGGUGCAUCGAUGCAAGAUUCGAUCGAUUGGUCAGAAUACUUGCGGCAGUCGAUGCAAAAUUUGCGCAGUUCUCCGAUAUCGCGUCCACUGUGACGGAUCCCAAGGAAGCGUCGAAUGUAAUAUACGCUAGCGAUGCGUUCAAUACAAAUCAGCUCAUCGAUGGUGAGCUCGUAGCUUUAGUUUUUUAG